AUGUCUGAUAGCAACAACAUUCAGUUUAGCAUGAACUUCAUGCCAAUUCACGAUAAUGGCCGUGCGGAAAUCGCCUACAUAUCCGUCAAGUUGAUCGUCGGAGGCCUCUACAGAGGCCUCCAGGGAGGCAGCCCAUUGGACGAAACUCAUUACUUUCAAGACAUUGUUGGAGAUAUUGCAACUAAAUUUGAUAACAUCCAAGCAAAUGAUGACAUUGGGCCACUCACCAUCGUUAUUGAACAUUCCUCCAACCAAAAUCGUUCUUUGGUGUGGAAAGUAGAUCGACCCAUACAAGGGGAUCUCAUCAUACAAUAUGACGUUAUACCAAUCGAAGAGGAUACCCUUGUUUCGGGCUCUGAAGCUCUAAGGAGAGAUGAGGAUGGGUUGGUUGGCAUAGCAUUAUCUUUCAUACCUAUUCCAAUCGUCAAAGAACCCACCACAGUCGAUGUGACGAUCGACUGGGGCAUCUCAAAAUUCCCCAAGGAUAUCAGAACACUUAGCAGCUUUGGAGAAGGAUCCAUUUCGAAAAGAGUAAUAUCACUCAAAGAAUUAUCAGAAUGUGUCUUCAUGGUCGGCAAGAUCACGAGUUUCCCACCAACUGCUCAUAACGACGUUGAUCAUGCCAGAAACAAGUUUCGUGGAAUUCACUGGCUGGGCACACCGCCAGAUAAUCUCUGCGCUAUGAGAGAAUUCAUGGGAAACAUGGUUCCUCGUCUUUGCGAUUUCUUCAAAGAUGAGGGCGGAGCUCGCCAAGUUUUCAUGCGUAAAGUUCGCAGAGGCCUUUGCGCAACUCAGGUAACAAGCGGGAUACUCGUCGACUAUGAUGACCACACCAAAGAAGAGGAGGAUUGGGACCUAGUACGGCUCUUCAAUUCUUCAAUGAUAGCUACAUGGGCCCAACUCGAUCUCGAAGACGACGGCACACCAAACGAUUGGUUUACUCAAGGAAUAUCUCACAUCUACACAAUCUAUCUCCCGUACCGCUUCGGCCAACGUUCUCCAGAUUACUUCCGCGCCACUCUCAACGGCUACCUCUCGUCAUACUUUACGAAUCCCUUUGUAACCUACCCAAUGGACAAGAUUCCACUUGACUCAUGGUACGGACAAGCAGCCCUUGCAAUGCGCAGCUGUAUCUACAUGAUUCGCAUGGACUGCUUCACUCGUCGCGCCUCGGUAUCCCGCAACGCAGGUGUCCUCAGGCCAAUCGACGAAAUUGUAGCUGAUAUCAGCAGCCGUCGACGUCGCGGCGAGAAAGUGCAGACUAAAGACUGGCUAAAGUAUCUGGGAGAUUGGAUUGGAGGGGGGGCUGCAGAGGAGCACUUUUACCGAAUGCGUAGCGGCGAAAUCAUGGAUUUGGAAGACAUGAAGACGGCCUUUGAUGGGAUUCACCCUGACGAACAACGAGUGCUGGAUAUGGGGUUUAACCUAUCAAGCCUCACCUCUGGGAUCGUAAGCGGAGUUGUUGAGCAAUCCGAGGCGGCGAAAGGUGGGCUGAUGAAGGGAGACAAGAUUCUAUGGCACUCGAGGACAGAAUAUUGCGGGACUCACUAUGAAGACCAGUUUCGCCUUCUUGUGGAUCGAGAUGGAAAAACAAUGAACAUCGAGUUUUGGCCCAGGGGUAAUGACGUGGUCAAAAGCUGGAUAUCCAAGAAGAAGCAAGCUUAA